AUGACCCGCCGGCGAUCGCCACCGUAUCGAAUACAUGAGCCAACGACCUUUAUCAUUACGCUCCUCACAACCACGUCGGCGCACAUUCUCCCACAACGGACUACAGCAUUGCCGUACCAGACACUCAAUGUCCUCCCAUAUCCUAUACCCACAGCUGCCUUGUUCCCCCGGCAACAGGCUCUCAACACGAUAUGCGGGUACAUUGGAGGUGACCCUGAGCUGGCUGCGACAUGCUCAGCGGGAUCACACUGCGCUGUCGAUGUCGUGCAUAAUGCUAUAGGCUGCUGCCCGGAUGGCGAUGUCGCAUGCACAGCUGGUGUCUACACUGACUGCGUUGACAGCGACAGUUCCCCGCAGAAUGUGAUUGACCCGUACGUCUUCACCUGCGGCAGCGGCGAUGGUGGCUGCUUCAGGAAUGAGUUUGAAGGGGGAUACUUCCAGUAUGGCUGUGGAGGCAGUGCCGCCACGGUGAAGAUGACUGCUAGCGGGAAAACGGACGUCGAGCUGGGGACUGUGAGCGUCGAGUUGACGGAACAACCUUCCACGCUAUCAGAACCGACGACACUGGGAGCAGGCACAAGGACGAAAAGCGCGACACGGUCAACAGAUACCACAGAGAGUGACAGCUCAAGUAGCGCCACUGAGGGAGAGUCGACGACUGCAACGAGGACAACAGAGCGACCGAGCGCGACUGAGACGAGUGACGGGGCUGACAAUGACGACACUGACGCUCCCGGAAACAGUGGCAACGGGCCGAAUACUGGGGCUAUCAUCGGAGGCACCCUGGGCGGCGUGGCUUUUGUUGCCAUGGUGGUCGUGUUGGCGCUGUAUCUCUGGCGACGUCGGAAGGGCAACUCCAGGCAAGGGCCUGGCCAACAGGGCGACACCAAGUACAUCAGGUAUAGCGUCUCCGUCACGGCACUUGGAUCUGCGAACAAGACUGACAAAAGCAGCCCCAUGACCGACCCACGACAUCCUUUCGAGCCCCUAUCUGCUGUGCAAGAAGUCGACGAAUCCCGGCUACCGCGGGACGGUCCCCGUCCGACUGAUGGCGCCGGCGCCGGCACAUCGCUAGGCGUACCAGACGAGCCGCGUCAUACGGUUUCGCCAUACUGGUCAUCCGUCUCGUCGCGCGGCGGCGCCGUCGAGGGCUCUGGGUAUCAAGAAAAGGACAGCAUGCCCCUGACUAGUGAGAUGGGCAUGAGUCCGAAGAUCGUCCGGUCAGCAGACCAUCAUCCGCAUCCCGUGGCGGCGCAAUUCAUGGAUGGCCGAGAAUUGGAGAUGACGGAUCGCGGGGGCGCCGCCGACAGCAGUAACAAUGAGUCCGGAGACAGCGACUAUGGGACGUAUCCUGGACCGCGUAGAGGCGGAGGCGGCGGUGCGCUGUGGCAGCAGAACCGUGUCCAGACGAAGAACAUGAAUUGGCUGUAG